AUGGUGGCCGAGCCAGGUCCCCUGGGGCUAGUGAGCUCCAGUUCAUCCCUGCGGGGACUGGGAAGGCUCUGCUCUGUGGCAUCCCUGCAAGGGCCACCUUGCUGGAGCUGGCAGCCUGUCCCGCCGGCACCGUGUGGCUCACGCAGUGGGGACUCCCUCCUGGCCCUCUCCAAGCCCCUGCUACCCGCUGCAGUCUCAGUGCAGAACCUGCACCUCUGCGAGGGCUACGUUGGCCGUGACGGCCGCUCCCACCCCGGCUUCUACUGCCCACGGCUGACUGACCCCCCCGGCCACCGCUACUGCUGCCAGCCCAGCCCGCACGCCCUCAAGUCCUGCUGCUCCCAGCUGGCCCUGGAGGCCCUCACCGGGGUGAACCUCUCCAGCCUGGCCAGCCCUGAGCUACUCCGGAACCCACUGGCCUUGCCCUUCGUUGGGCUCUACGGGCUCCUUGUCCUCCUGCUCAUGGCCAUCGACCUCUGCCACUUCUACUGGACCCGACGCUGCCACCUCGGCCGCCUCCUGCCCUGCGCCCGCUGCCCACCCUGCAGACCCCGGGGAGGGCCCCCGCCCUGUGCCCAGCCUUCCCACGGUGCCCCCAGCCUGCCACGCCCCAGCCGGGGCUGUUGA